AUGCUUGAUGCGACCUGCCACAGGCACGGGGGAACGCACAAGUGCUUGAAGGAGCUCUUACGACACAAGCUGGUUCACCAUGAGUCCAAGAAGUAUGACGGGUACCGCCUCACCAACAUGGGGUACGACUUCCUGGCAAUCAAGACUCUCACGGCCCGAGGUGUAAUGAGCAGCGUGGGUCGCAAGAUUGGCGUCGGUAAGGAGGCCGAUGUGUACGAGGUCGCAGACGACGAGGGCAACCGCAUGUGCCUGAAGCUGCACCGGCUGGGGCGCACCUCCUUCCGGGCGGUCAAGUCCAAGCGCGACUACCUGAGGCAGGGCUCCCACUACAGCUGGCUCUACCUCUCCCGCCUCUCGGCGGUCAAGGAGUUUGCCUUCAUGAGGGCGCUGCAGACCAGGGGCCUCCCCGUCCCGGAGGCCAUUGACCAGAAUCGACAUGCGGUGCUCAUGAGCCUGGUGGACGCAUUCCCCUUGGUCCAGAUCAAGGAACUGGCCAGCCCUGCCAGGAUCUACACCCAGCUCAUCGACCUCAUGGAGCGGCUGGCACAGAUGGGCCUGGUGCACUGCGACUUCAACGAGUUCAACAUCCUGAUCAAUGAGGAGGAGGAGAUCACGCUGAUUGAUUUUCCCCAGAUGGUGUCCACCAACCAUGCCAAUGCAGAGGAGCUGUUUGAGCGAGACGUUGACUGCCUCAUCCGCUUCUUCUCCAAGAAGCUGGGGUAUGUGCCAUCGUUGGACUCGGCGCUGAAGCGUGUCCGGCCCAACUUCCAGGCGAGACUGGCCUCGCCGUCUGCCGGGGAUCUGGACUCUGAGCUCCGCGCAUCUGGCUUCAAGCGUGAGCACCAAGCGGCUCUGGACAGGUGA